AUGGCGACGCUAGCGCUGCUGCGCCUGCACCCUCUCCCGCUGCUGCUGCUGCUGCUCUGCGGUGAGUGUUUCCAAACAGGAGGCUGCAGUGAGGCCAGCGUGCAGGAGAAGAUGCCCAGGUGCGGGAGGGCCUUCAUCGACAUGGUGCGCAAGGUGGAAGUCUGGAAGCGGUGCAAACUGUCCGACUUCGUCGUGUACUACGAGAGUUUUGUCAACUGCACCCAGUCAGAUGCCACCGUUGUAGGCUGCUUCUGGCCCCACCGCCUGUCCCAGAGCUUCGUCCCUGGCAUCCCCAGGCAUCUCUUCUCCAACUGCUUCUCGGACAAGGCCCAGUGGCAGGAUCCCCCUAAAGAGAUUCUCAUCCCGCUGAUUGCUGUGCCCAUUCUGCUGACUGUCGCCAUGACAGGCCUGGUGGUGUGGGGCAGCAAAGGACCUGCCAAACCGCUGUGAGGGCCCCGGUGAGAUGCAGAGGGCCACUCCUGGCAAGCUGGAAGAAGGUUCCCUGGGGCUGGGAGAGCUGGUGGGCACUGCUACCAUCCAGCCAUCGUGGCCACACCCCCCCCAGUCAUGGGCAGACCCUCCCUGGUUGUUGGCCCACCCCUGGCUGGGA